AUGAACGACCGCCGCGACAUGGCACCAAUGGUCUGGGGAUACAUCAAGUCUCGUGAGACUGCCCGCCGCAUGGACGCAUACGCUGGUGAGGUCAUCAACAUGCACCCCUUCUACGCGUACGACUCUCCAGCUCGCUGCAAGGACUUGGAUCUCGAGACCACCAACGCGUAUGCCGGCCCAGACCACAUCACGGCCAAUAUCCAGGUCGGUUCGUGGACCGUUCCAAAGGAGGCCGGCAAGGCUCCGGAGCCAUCGUUCAUGAACAACCACCAGCAACACAUCCAGGAGGACCUCCAGUACAGCAAGGACGAUCUCCUCGCCGUCGAGGAGUGGGUCAAGCGCCACGUCGAGACCACCUGGCACUCUCUCGGAACGUGCUCCAUGGCACCAAAGAACGGCAACAGCAUCGUCAAGCACGGUGUGCUCGACGAGCGCCUCAACGUCCACGGCGUCAAGAACCUCAAGGUCGCCGAUUUGUCCAUCUGCCCAGACAACGUCGGUUGCAACACCUACAGCACUGCGCUUCUCAUCGGAGAAAAGUGUGCCGUCCUCACCGCCGAGGAUCUUGGCUACACUGGUCGUGCUUUGGACAUGCGUGUUCCAGACUACCAGGCCAACCGUGAGAUCACUGGCCUCGCUAGGUUGUAG